CCUGGCCGCCCGGCGGAGGUUCCGGGAAGGGCUUCGGCGGCCGCGGGGCUGCGUGUCGGGGCUAUGGCCUGGACGCCGAGCGUGGCGGGCUGGCUGGGCGGCUUCCUCCUGGUGCCAGCUCUAGGAAUGAUUCCGCCUCCUGAGAAUGUCAGAAUGAAUUCAGUUAAUUUCAAGAACAUUCUACGGUGGGAGGUACCUGCUUUCCCCAAAGAGAACCUGACUUUCACAGCUCAAUAUGAAAGUUACUGGCAUUUCCAAGAUCAAUGCAAGAACACUGCCUCUACUCAGUGUGACUUCUCGGUUCUUUCUAAAUAUGGAGACCACACCGUGAGAGUCAGGGCUGAGUUUGCAGAUGAACAUUCAGAGUGGGUAAACGUCACCUUCUGCCCUGUGGAUGACACCAUUAUUGGACCUCCUGAGAUGCACAUAGAAUCCCUUGCUGAUUCUUUACACAUGCGUUUCUCAGCCCCACAAAUUGAGAAUGAGCCUGAGACAUGGACCAUGAAGAACAUUUAUGACUCAUGGGCUUACAAGGUACAAUACUGGAAAAACGGAACUAAUGAGAAGUUUCAAGUCACAUCUCAGUAUGACUCUGAGGUCCUCAGAGACCUGGCGCCAUGGACAACUUACUGCGUUCAAGUUCAAGGGUUUCUUCUCGAUCGGAAUAGAUCAGGAGAGUGGAGCGAGCCCAUCUGUGAACAGACAAGCAAGGACGAAACAACCCCUUCCUGGAUCGUGGCCAUCAUCCUCAUAGUCUCCGUCCUGGUGGUCUUCCUCUUCCUCCUGGGCUGCUUUGCCGUGCUGUGGUUCAUUUAUAAGAAGACCAAGUACACCUUCUGUUCUGGGACGUCUCUUCCACAGCACCUGAAGGAGUUUCUGGGCCACCCCCAUCACAGCACAUUUCUGCUGUUCUCCUUCCCUCCCCAUGAUGAGGCUGAAGUGUUUGACAAGCUAAGUAUCAUCACCGAAGAGUCUAAAGGCAGCAAGCAGAAUCCUGAAGACAACUGUGCCUCAGAACCCCCGUCUGAGUCAGGGCCUCGGGAGCUGGAGUCCAAGGAUGUAGCCCCCUCACCUCCACACGAUGACCCUGUACUGCUCACAUCUACCUCAGAAGUGUGACCAGAGGGCCACUUGAGAAAACUCCAAAUCUAGAACUUUCUGAUGCUGAGCUGGUUCACACAACCAAAGGGCCAGGUGUUAAAGAUGCCACUUGGGAAUUUGCUGUUUUAUAAAGACUAAUAAUUUGGGGGCUGAGGGUGCAGAUCAAGGAAUAGAGGAGCUCUUAGCAUGCAUGAAGUCCUAGCGUCGAUCCCCAACACCAGAUAAACCAGGGAUGGGGGUGCUGGCCCAUAAGCCCAACACCUAGGAGGUAGAGGCAGGAGAAACAAGGUUAUUUCAACUCUACAGGGAGCUCACGGCCAAGCUGGACUAGAGACCCUGUCUAAGAGGAAGACAGAGACUUUAAUGUUUAUUUUUUAUGACCACUGAAUGUAAUUUGAGUUAUUUGUGCUCACUAAAACAAGGACCACAUUUAAAUUGUGACAAACAAAAAUAUUUUAAAUGGCAGGGGUGCGGGAGUGGAAACCCUAUAAAAUUGUAAGAAUGCCUAUAGACCACCUGCAUCUCAAAAGUACUCGACCAGUUGCUGGACAGACAUGGACAUUUUGGAUUCCCAAGGAGCAAAGAAAUGUCCUUCCUUACCUGUGUGUUUUGUAUAAUAUUAGUGUUCUGUAAAUAUUCUAUAUUUAUAUACUUAUGUUAACCAACUUCCUGCUGUUGUAACAAAAUUCCUGGCAUAAACAAUUUAAAAGGGAGAAAAGAGUUUUA